AAACACGAUCAUAAUCUGACCUCCAACACAGAGAAUGUGAACGCAAGAGUGACUCCAAAGUUUUGCCUUUGUACUGUCUUUGACAAAUACUUGCAUUGUCUCUUCUUCUCUCCGUUUCUCACCCUCUCCGUUUCUUGAGAGGAAGAGAUAAUUGAGCUUCAGAAACAGAUAUGGGUUUCCUCUGUUUCCUCUAUUUCCUCUUUUCUCUCCUCCUUUUUCUUGCAUUUUCUGGUCUGCCAACCGUGUGGGGAAAUUCAGAGCUGAGAGCUCUCAUGGAGAUGAAAGCUUCUCUGGACCCGGUGAACAGGUUCCUUUCUUCUUGGACCAGUGAUGCAGACCCAUGUAGUGGUUCGUUUGAAGGCGUCCACUGCAACGAACACCGGAAAGUGGCAAAUAUUACGUUGCAGGGAAAGGGACUUUCCGGCAAGGUACCGCCAGCGGUGGCUGGACUGAAAUGCCUUUCUGGUCUUUACUUGCAUUACAACUCGUUAUCUGGUGAAAUUCCCAGAGAAAUCUCCAGCCUUACCGAAUUGUCCGAUCUAUAUCUUGAUUUCAACAAUCUCUCCGGCGCUAUUCCUCCCGAGAUUGGUAACAUGGCUAGUCUUCAAGUUUUGCAGCUUUGCAGCAACCAGUUGACAGGGGCGAUACCUUCAGAGAUAGGUUUCCUGAAGAAGCUGAGUGUUGUUUCUUUGCAAAAAAAUAACUUGACUGGCAAAAUUCCUCCAAGCCUGGGAAACUUAGGCAUGUUAAGAAUGCUGAAUCUGAGCUUCAAUCGCCUCUCUGGAACAAUUCCUGCAAACCUAGCGCAGGCCCCAGCAUUGGAAUUUCUAGAUGUGAGGAACAAUUCCCUGUGGGGAAUAGUCCCUUCCGGCUUGAAGAAAUUAAAGGAAGGAUUUCAACACGCAAACAACUCAGCUGGUUUAUGUGGAGUUGGGUUUUCUUCAUUGAGAGUUUGCAGUUAUUGGGAUGGUAUGAAAAUCAACCAAUCUGAAACGUUCCCAGCCACCAACAAUAAUUUCACUCCAACAAUUUAUCCUGUGUCUUCAAAUUUCCGGCCUCAUUGCAACCAAACCCACUGCCCAAAUGUAUCCAAAUUCCCUCGAAUAGUCCUCGUUUCUGGGGUUACUACAGUCACUGUCACAUUGUCUGCGGUAGGACUUCUGACCUUUCUUUGCUAUCGAAGGAGGAAACAGAAAAUCGGAAGUUCAUUUGAUACUUCUGAGUGUCAGCUUAGUACUGACCGGAGUAUAGACAGCCACAGGAAGAUUGCCUCUCCACUUGUGAGUCUUGAGUACUCCACUGGAUGGGAUCCAUUGGCUGAUGGGCGAAAUGGGAAUGUAUUUUCCCAGGAGUUUUGCCAAAACCCUAGGUUCAACUUGGACGAGAUUGAGUCAGCAACCCAGUAUUUUUCAGAGGUAAAUUUGUUAGGGAAGAGCAAGUUCUGGUCCGUCUAUAAAGGGAUUCUAAGAGAUGGUUCUCUGGUAGCAAUUAGGAGCAUUAGUGCCACCAGCUGCAAGUCUGAGGAAGCAGACUUCCUAAAGGGGUUGAACUUAUUAUCCUCAUUGAGACAUGAAAACCUUGUUAGGUUGAGAGGUUUUUGCUGCUCAAAGGGGAGGGGUGAAUGUUAUUUAAUCCACGAUUUUGUCCCAAAUGGAAGCCUGUCACGGUAUCUUGAUUUGGAAGAAGGAAGCAGCCAGGUCCUCAACUGGUCCACAAGGGUCUCUAUCAUCCAUGGCAUUGCAAAAGGUAUUGGAUAUCUACACAGCAGUGAAGAAAACAAACCUUCCCUAAUUCACAGAAGCAUUUCUGCAGAUAAAGUCCUUAUCGAUCAGCGGUUUAACCCGUUGAUUUCUGAAUCCGGCCUUCCUAAACUUCUUGCUGAUGACAUUGUCUUCUCAGCUCUGAAAACCAGUGCUGCAUUAGGAUACCUAGCUCCUGAGUACAUUACCACUGGAAGUUUUACUGAGAAGAGUGAUAUAUAUGCAUUCGGUGUGAUCAUCCUCCAGAUUUUGUCAGGGAAGCAACAACUCACCAACUCAAUGCGACUGGCAGCUGAAUCUUGCAGAUUUGCUGAUUUUGUUGAUACCAAUCUCAAGGGGGAAUUUUCUGAAUCUGAAGCAGCCAAGCUGGCAAAGAUUGGACUAGCUUGCACUCAUGAGCUUCCUGACAAUAGGCCAAUUAUGGAGACAGUGAUUCAGGAGCUGAGCACUUGAGGUACCAGUUCUUGAUGGCUAUAUUUCAAGUUCCUAACUUAAAAAGGCAAUGAACUGGGAGAUGAUGCCGAACUGAACUGCAAAAGCUGAUUGGGGAAUGUAAAAACGGGUGUGCCUGCUGUACUGGAGGUGGUGCGAAGAGAGUUCAUUUGUGUAUUAGAUUAUCGCCCUGUGAUUUGACUAUAAGCUACGAGUUUACUCUAGUUUUGCGACAAGCUGGCACAACCCUCAAUAAACAUAGGCUCAGAGAAGAAAAUGUGACAGUCUAGUCUUAUGAUAAUACAGGUUCUGAUGAUAAUACAUUCUUCAGGAAA